UCCCCCUCCUACCUCACUCGUCCUCCCAAUUCCCGUUACUCUCGAGGUCAUCGCAGCAAUGGCGGGCUCCUGGCGAGCCGCGGCGCUGGCGGUGGCGAUGGUUUGUUUCGUCGCCAGCAGCUGCGUGCUCGGGUUCCCGGAGGAGGAUUUGGUGGGGCGGCUGCCCGGGCAGCCCGCCGUGGGGUUCAGGCAGUUCACCGGGUACGUGGACGUCGACGUCAAGGCCGGGAGGAGCCUCUUCUACUACUUCGCGGAGGCGCAGGACAACGCCGCCGGCAGGCCGCUCACGCUCUGGCUCAACGGAGGUCCUGGCUGUUCUUCGGUUGGAGGCGGCGCGUUUACGGAGCUCGGCCCGUUUUAUCCCAGAGGAGAUGGCAGAGGCCUUCGGUUAAACAAGAAGUCGUGGAAUAAAGUGUCCAAUCUUCUAUUUGUUGAAUCACCCGCUGGAGUUGGAUGGUCCUACUCCAACACUUCGUCAGACUACAAUACAGGAGAUGCGCGGACCGCUAAUGAUAUGUACAAAUUUCUGUUGGGAUGGUAUAAGAAGUUCCCGGAGUACAGAUCAAGCAGCUUACUUCUUUCGGGAGAGAGCUAUGCAGGGCAUUAUAUACCGCAACUCACCGACGUCCUUCUCACACACAAUGAGAAAUCUAAGGGUUUUAAGUUCAAUAUCAAGGGGGUAGCUAUCGGGAAUCCGUUACUCAAGCUUGACAGGGAUGUCCCCGCGACAUAUGAGUACUUCUGGUCCCAUGGUAUGAUAUCCGAUGAGAUAUUUCUGGCCAUAAACAAGGGUUGUGAUUUUGAGGAUUACACAUUCGGUAGCCCCCACAAUGAGAGCAAGUCAUGCAAUGAUGCCAUUGCGGAGGCAAAUGCUGUAGUUGGACAAUAUGUCAACAACUAUGAUGUCAUUCUCGACGUCUGUUACCCAUCGAUUGUGAUGCAGGAGCUACGACUGCGCAAAUAUGUGACCAAGAUCAGUUUAGGAGUGGAUGUUUGCAUGUCAUAUGAAAGGUACUUCUACUUCAAUCUUCCAGAAGUGCAGCAUGCUCUUCAUGCUAAUAGAACACAUCUACCUUAUGGCUGGGGCAUGUGCAGUGAUGUGCUGAAUUACACCGAUAAGGAUGGUAACAUCAACAUCUUGCCUUUACUUCAGAGAAUAGUGGAACAUAAGAUACCAGUUUGGAUAUUCAGCGGCGAUCAAGACUCUGUGGUGCCCCUCUUGGGCUCCCGAACCCUUGUGCGAGAGCUAGCUCAUGACAUGGGGUUGCCUGUCACAGUUCCGUACAGUACUUGGUUCCGCAAAGGCCAGGUUGGAGGCUGGACAACAGAGUACGGUAAUCUUCUGACCUUUGCAACAGUGCGGGGCGCAUCUCACAUGGUGCCAUUUGCACAGCCAGACCGAGCUCUCGGCCUAUUUCGCUCAUUUGUGCUUGGACAGAGGCUCCCAAACACAACCUAUCCACCCAUUGGCGACUAAGUGUACCUAUAAAAGCAGCUGGAUAUAGAAAAAAAAUAGCUUAGGAUUUUUCAGUCUUGCUACAAGAGUUCAGUUCUCAAGGAUGUAUAAGUUGAUCAAUAAGUUCUUGAUUCUUUAGAAAGAAUGGAAAAGUAAUGCAUGCUGGCAAGUAUGAUCUUUAUCAGGAUUAUUAGAUUGCAUCCCUCAAAACCUGGAACGCAGAUUCCAGAGUAAUUUGUACAAGCAAUUAUGUCGAUGUAGUUAAUUUGGUGCGCACUUGCAAAUGUAACUCUGCCUAAAUCAUCUCAUCGGUCCACACCAAAUGAAUGUUAAAAAGGUUCGUUAAGAGGAUAA